AUGACGUUUGGAGUGUCCGAAUGCGGAUAUAUUAAUGCAGCGGUCAAUUAUGGUGGUGAUCAGGGUCAUGUCAGCGCUAAAAUAUACAGCCGAAGCUAUGUCGUCAGGUUGGAUAUUAUAGUCGAUGUUUGGCGUGUUAAUAACUCGGUCUACAGUGAUCGUACAAUGUCGAAAUCAACUGCAAUGUAUGGCACACAUAUAGUCAUGUAUUGUGUAUAUAGUUACGUCGUCAUUGGGGCAAUAUUCAAUGUGUAUCAUGACCACCAAAUGCAUGUCCGAAGGUGUCGUUUUGACGUGUUUGAUGUCGAAUAUCUUGACCAAUACUGA